AUGGAGGUGUUCGAAGGCGUGGAGUUCGUGCGGCUGCGGAGCCUGGAGCACAGCACGUACCUCCACGCCGCCGAGGACGGCCGGGGCGUCCUCCUGGACGCGCUCGGUGCCCGCGUCCUCCUCCGCGGCGUCUACGGCCGGUACCUCGGCGCCCCCGACCCUAGCGGGCCGCUCCACCCCUGCCGCCGCCGCCGCGCGGCCACGCAGCGCGACCGGGACGAGCGGGAGGUCAAGGCCAUCAUGUGGCGCGCCGUCGCGACGGGCUCUGGCGCCGGCGUCGUCCUGCUCCACGACGCCCACGGGCGCUUCCUCCGCGCCAACUGGAGGCGCCUCCCCUGCCGCGCCGGUGUCGCCGUCGGCGACGACAGCUGCCUCGGCCCGACGACCAAGUGGGCCGUCGAGGUCAUCCCCCCGAAGCACGGCCAGCCUGAGCUACCGCUCGCCCGCGACUCGGAGUGGGUCAAGUUCUUCGACGGAGCGUGCCCGCCGCUGGGUCGCCUUCGCCGGCGGGUGUGGGCGGCUUCCCAGCAGCGGGAGAUCCGGUGGGUGCUGGCGGACGGCGCCGGCAACUUCAGGGAGGAGGACUGGGCCUCCUCCCAGCACUCCGGGAGGUCCGCGAUCCUGCUGCGAAGCAAGCUGGCGCACCUCACGCUGCAGUUCUGCCGCCUCACGCUGUUCAUCCGCGCCGGCCGCCACGGGCAGCCGUCCCCUCUCGUCACGGACCUGCCGCGCAGGCGGGAGCGCCUCGACAUUGUGGUCAUCAGGGCGGACUCCGCAGGUCAGUGCUUGUUAAUUGAAGGAACUUCUUCUCGGAUCAUUCUGGGUCUCUAGUUCUGAACCACAGAGGUUCCUGAUGGUGUUGGUGCAGAGUUUAUCGGUGCUCUUGUUUUACCUUUUUUCUGUAAACUUCUUGCUGGCUUUUUCUGAAUUUCUGUAGUUCUGAAUUUGCUCUGAAUGGGAUGCAUGGCAUAAAACAGAGUACAUUGUUGUCAGUUAGUGUAUAAUUUCAUUUGACACCUUUUUUGGGUUUAUUUUUAUUUGCUGUAAAUUGUGCUACUUGUGGCUGUUGUUGGAAAUGCAGUUUUUGUAUCUGAAGAAUAAUGUGGCUCACUUACAAGUUUACAUCCGUAGA